CCUUCUCCACUCUCCUCUGUGUCUAAUCUUUCUCUCUGCAGAAACCAAAGGUCGAGCAUUUGUGUAUUGCCCAACCUACGACAAUGGCAACGACGAUGACGCCGAGAGAGCACAUAGAAGAUAUACGGAAGACUAAAUUUUCCAUCGGAGAAAAGCUCAACCCUUUAACGGAGGAUCUUCAUCAGGCCGUCAAGAACCUCUCCGGCGAGCUUUACGCCAAAGACGUCCACUUUUUCAUGGAACUCGUUCAGAAUGCAGAAGACAAUGAGUACUCGGAGGGAAUUGAUCCAUCCCUUGAGUUUGUGAUUACGUCCCGCGAUAUAACUGCUACAGGGGCUCCAGCCACAUUGCUCGUUUUCAAUAAUGAGAAGGGUUUUUCUUCCAAAAACAUAGACUCCAUUUGCAGCGUUGGACGGUCCACCAAGAAAGGCAACAGGAAGCAUGGUUAUAUUGGGGAGAAAGGAAUUGGCUUCAAGAGUGUGUUUCUGAUCACUGCUCAGCCUUACAUAUUUAGUAAUGGUUAUCAGAUAAGGUUUAGUGAAGAGCCUUGUUCACAAUGCAAUGUUGGCUACAUAGUACCUGAAUGGGUUGAGCAGAAUCCCACUCUCUCUGACAUACAGACGAUAUAUGGUUCUGCUACUGCCCUUCCCACCACAACACUGAUCUUACCUUUAAAGCUCGACAAGGUUCUGCCUGUCAAGAAGCAACUCUCAGUCAUUCAUCCGGAAGUUCUCUUGUUCCUAUCAAAGAUUAAACGGCUUUCUGUGAGGGAAGAUAAUGAGGAUCAAAGGCAGAACACUGUGAGUGCAAUUGAGAUAGAAAGCCAGACUGAUUUUGUUACCAGGAAGAAUAUUAAUGCUCAAUCCUACACUCUGCGUCUUUCAGCUGAAGAAAAUGGUGGUAAUGGAGAGUGCAGUUACCACAUGUGGAAACAAAGGUUUCCUGUCAGACAGGAAUUCAGAGUUGAGAGGAGAAUGGAGGUGGAUGAGUGGGUGAUCACUCUUGCCUUUCCAAAUGGAGAACGUCUUCGAAGAGCAAUGAACUCAUCUCCUGGUGUUUAUGCAUUUCUUCCUACAGAGAUGGUGACCAACUUUCCAUUCAUAAUACAGGCGGAUUUUCUUUUAGCAUCUUCAAGAGAGACCAUCCUACUUGACAACAAGUGGAAUCAAGGGAUUCUUGAGUGUGUGCCUACCGCAUUUGCCCAUGCCUUCAACACUCUUGUGAAAACUGUGGAAGGUGCACCAGCAUCAAGUUUGCCUCCAAUGUUCAGAUUCUUGCCUGUUCAGGCUUCAUCUUAUAAAGAAUUAAAUGCUGUAAGAGAGUCGAUAAAAGCAAAGAUGAUUGACGAAGACAUUAUACCAGUUGAGCCUGAGAUGGAGCAGAGGUUCUUCCACAAGCCUCGUGAAGUGGGAAGAUUAAUACCAGCCUUUUGGACUCUUUUGAGGAAGGCGAAGAAUCAAGGUGUAAGUCUGAUCAAGCUAUCAUCACAUGGAAGAUUUGUUCUGUCUUAUUCUUUUGACAGCACGGAAUAUGAUCCUAUACUAAGUUUCCUUGGAGUCGAACCAGUGAAUGAUGACUGGUAUGUUAAAUGCAUACAGGGUACUUCCAAUCUUGUUGUUGGAGUAUCAGAACAUGUGUACUUAGAGCUUCUACUGUUUAUUGCUGACAAUUGGGGUUCUAAGUUUGGUCGCACCAACAUGAAGAACAUACCAUUGAUAAAAUGUGCAGACUAUGGAAAUAAAUCUUUGUGCAGCAUAAGUGAAAUUCAGAAGAAUGAAUGCAGAGUUUUCUUGUCGAGCCAUCCCUCUAUUGUUUCGUGGCUGAUUGAUUGCAACCGGGAAUUUAUAUCUGUGACUCGUCUUCUCUUUAUGCCGAAGGCUACGCAGGAAGCUAUCUGGGCAUGCUCUAGGAAGGAUACAUUGAAGAAAUGGCUCGCUGAUCAGGUUGGGGUUGGUUCUGUUGAUGUCAAAAGAUAUGCAGUUGAUCUCCUUGAGAAUUCUUUUAAUGAGCGGAGGCUUGUUGUUGCAUAUGCACACUUCUUGUAUCAAUCAUUCGACAAUGAUUUGCUCAGUAGUAGGGAAGUUAGCAGUUUAUGUGAAAAUAUGCCACUCGUGGAUAGCUACGGGAAUGUCAUCAGGAGUAGAAGAGGGGUUGUUGUCCCAGCCAAUGGAAGCAAAUGGGCAGACUUGACUGAUUCCAAUUUGUGGAGAAACGAAGGCUAUGUGGAAUUAGGAGACCAUUAUAUAUCUUCUAGCAAUUUUGCUGGUAAGCAUACUCCGCAUAAGAAACUUCUCGAGUUCCUAAUAAAUUAUGCUGCUGCUGUGGAUGUCCCUCAUAUUUCUGCUCCAACUGAUGGUAUCUCGUCUGUAUCUGGACCACUUACUAAGAAGAAUGCCUUUCUGCUAUUGGAGUGGAUUCGCCAACUGAAGUAUAAAAGAGCUUGCAUCCCUCAGAAGUUUUUGACAUGUAUCAAGGAAGGUAGUUGGUUAAAAGUUACUUUGAAUGGUUCCCCUGGUUAUAGGCCACCAUCCCAGUCAUUUCUGCUUACCUCUUCAUGGGGAAAUACUCUGCAGAAUGGAUCCGUUUCUGUUGACAUUCCAUUGAUUGAUGAGAGCUUCUAUGGUGAGAGCAUUAGAGAAUACAAGGAGGAGCUAAUGACAAUUGGGGUCAUGUUUGAAUACAGCGAAGCAUGUGAAUUUAUUGGGAAGCAUUUCAUGUCUCUGGCAGCUUCAUCCUCUUUGACAAGAGGAAAUGUGUAUUCCAUUCUGCGUUUCAUCAAAUUUCUAAGGGACAAAUGUCUUUCUCCUGCUGAUUUUAUCUCUACUAUUAGACAAGGAAACUGGCUGAAGACUUCUCUUGGCUACAGGUCUCCUGUGGGAUCUGUUUUGUCAGACAGAGAGUGGAAUGUUGCCUCCAAAAUUAGCAAUAUUCCCUUCAUUGAUCAGGACUUCUACGGUGAUGAAAUCUGUAAUUUCAGAACUGAACUUGAGUUGCUCGGUGUGGUGAUCUCCUUCAACAACAGUUACCAACUUAUAAUUGACAACCUGAAGUCACCAUUUUUGAUAACUUGGACACCUGAGGUAGUUAUCUUAAUGCUCAAGUGUAUGAAUAUUUCUGAAUCACCUGAUAAAGUUGUGGAUGCAUUGAAAGGAGCCAAGUGCCUCAAGACAAGGAUCGGUUACAAGUGUCCAGGGGAAUGUCUUUUGUUUCAUCACGAAUGGGGUUGCAUUCUCCAGGUCGUCAGUGGUCUUCCUGUGAUUGAUCAUGAAUUCUAUGGGAGCAACAUUUUCCGGUACAGAAAUGAACUGAAAAAGAUUGGUGUUGCUGCUGAUUUUGAAGAGGCUGCAAGAGUAUUCGCUCGAUAUUUCAGGGAGUGUGCAUCAAAAUGUUCCAUCAGCAAGGAAAAUGUUGCAUCAUUGCUUCUGUGUUACAGAACGCUGAAGGGGACUUCAUAUAAGUUUCCUGCUGAUCUUAUGAGCUGCAUUGGUAAGGCCGAGUGGUUGCGUACUCGUCUUGGUUAUAAAUGUCCAAGGGAGUGCAUUCUCUUUAGUCCCGAGUGGAAGGAUAUAUCCCCAAUAACUCUGCUUCCUUUCAUUGAUGAUUCCGAGAGUUGCUAUGGAAGGAGCAUACAUGAGUACAGAAAAGAGCUGAAGAGCUUGGGGGUUAUCGUCGAAUACAAGGAAGGACUCAACCUUGUGGCUUCUUCUCUUAAUCUCCCAAAGGAUUCCAGUCGUAUUUUUCCUGUAAAUGUACUUGCGUUGCUGGAAUGCGUAAGAGUUUUACAGGCUAAAGGUCACACCUUUCUUCACGAGGCUGAUUUUAUGAAAAAAGUUUCUCAGGCAUGGAUAAAGACUCAUGCUGGUUAUAGAUCACCCACAGAGUGCUUGUUGUUUGAUUCCAAGUUUGGCUUAUAUUUGAAGCGGACUGAUGGGCCUUUCAUUGACGAGGAAUUCUAUGGUACCAAGAUGGCAACCUACAAGAAAGAGCUCUCUACAUUGGGGGUUGUUGUUGAAGCUGAACAAGGAUGUCGCUUGAUUUCUGGCCACCUUUAUAACCAUAAUGAGAAUGAAGCUUUUGCUCGGCUGUAUAGUUACUUGAGCGCGUUCAAGUGGGAGCCAGACACUGAUGCUGCUCGAAGGAUCUGGAUUCCGAAAGGGGAGUGGGUUCAUCCUGAUGAAUGUGUUAUUAAGGACAAGGAUGAGCUAUUUGGUUCGCAGUUGACUGUUUUGGAGAAACAUUAUGAUCAGAAACUUCUGCUUUUCUUCUCCAGUGCUUUUGGAGUCAAAUCCAAGCCUACAGUUGAUGACUACUUAAAGGUUUGGAAGGUUUGGGAAAGUUCUGGGAGUGCAUUGCCGCAUGAUGAUUGUUGCAAGUUCUGGAGGUAUAUCUCGAUGCACUGGAAUUCAACGACUGAAAAGACUGUUGCUGAUGCCUUGGUGAAAGUACCUGUCAGUUCUGGAUCUGAAGGAAUCUUGCUGUGCAACAAGUCCGAUGCAUUCAUUGCAGAUGACCUUCUACUCAAGUAUCUCUUUGAAAAGUCCACUAGUGAGUCUCUUUUUGUUUGGUACCCUCAGCCAAGUUUGCCUUCCAUUCCAAGAACCAAGCUGCUUGACAUGUAUCGGAAAAUUGGUGUUCGCACUAUUUCUGAAUCUGUACAGAAGGAAGAGUUAUCACUUGCAGAUGAAGUUCAAGUAGAGUCUUUUCCAAGGGAAAAGUUGAUUAAGAAAUCGCUUUUAAAACUGAUUCUCGGUUUUCUUGGUGCUCCUGCCAUGGGAAUUGAAGCAGAUAAGAGGCAGAAAGCUGUUCAAUGCCUUGUGAAUGUGACUGUGGUGGAGACAACCAAACCAAUCACUGUAAGUUAUAGUCUAUCAUUACCUAAUUCUGAGAGAAAAGUUUUGAGGGCGGAAGGAAGCAGAAAGGUGCGAUUUGAUAGAGACAAUUCAAUGAUCUUCACUCAGAAAUUGGAUAAGUCUGGAGGACAGAAGAGUCUCAUUGAGUUUGUUACUUGUUUUUCUGAAGCAAUAUCUGAGAGUGUGUUAUGGGAGAGCACUGAUCAUAUUGAUACACUCGCUGAGCUGAUCAAGGUCGCUGCUUUGCUAGACUUCAAUGAGGAAGCAGUUGAUUUCUUGAUGAAGUUUAAGAAUUUGCAAACCUUUAUGGAGGAUGAGGAGUUUCUGAAGACAGUCUAGCUAACCUUGUGGCUGGUUAUGAACUUACGAUAGUAUCCUAUCAUUCCUAUGUAGUUUCAUUUUGCUUUUGUUGUUGGCUUUUCUGUUUGGACAAGUAAUGCUUUCUUUUGUGCUAUCUGUAAAAUAUUUCGAACGGUUCAACAUUUGUACUUUCUUUGUUUUAUCUGUU